AUGGAACGGGUACAUCAUCAACCGCUUACGAGGAACAUAUUGGAUCCCAACACAACGAUCCUUGAUUAUGAACCCGAUCCAGUUCGCCUUAAAAUUAAAGAAGCCCUUCAUAUCAACAAGCAUAAACCCUCACUCAAUAAACAAUAUAACAGCUUUGAUCACACUUUGCAAUUGUUUUCUCAAUAUCACGAUCUCACACCUACUGUUGCCGUUGGGGUUGAUCCACAGGAUCUGCGUGUACCACAACGAUAUGAAUAUCAUCCUACGUUGAAUACAUUUCAACCCAUCAACACGCAGUUUGUGACCCAGCGUCAUCCGACAACCGUCAUCGCGUCGUUGGAUGUAUUAUGUGAUACCUAA